CAUUCUUUAGAUUGGUCAUGCAGAAACUUCCGUCUUUCUCAAGCGAUUCUAGCGACAGAAAGGACAAUAUUCAAAAGAGUUGACGAGGCUAAUUGGCAGUCGGAUAAACACAUUUACGAGCCUCACACAGGGAUUGACUGGGCCCCCUUCAUCUUGAGCCCCCCCAGGAGUGAAGGACACUCCACCCCGCCCCUUCCACACCCUGCCGAGGAUGACAAUGGAAGAGAUGAAGAAUGAAGCAGACGCGACCUCGAUGGUUUCCAUGACGCUCUAUGCCGUGAUGUACCCUGUCUUCAAUGAGCUGGAGAGAGUGAAUCUGUCUGCAGCACAGACCCUAAGAGCGGCUUUUAUAAAGGCAGAGAAGGAGAACCCCGGACUGACUCAGGACAUUAUCAUGAAGAUUCUGGAGAAGAAAAACGUGGAGAUCAACUUCACAGAGUCUUUAUUACGCAUGGCUGCCGACGAUGUCGAAGAGUACAUGAUUGACAGGCCCGAGCGGGAGUUUCAGGACCUGAAUGAAAGAGCUCGCGCACUGAAGCAGAUCCUCAGCAAAAUCCCAGACGAAAUCAACGACCGAGUCCGUUUCCUGCAGACAAUCAAAGACAUUGCCAGUGCCAUAAAAGAACUGCUGGAUACGGUCAACAACGUCUUUAGGAAAUACCAGUAUCAGAACAGAAGGGCACUUGAGCAUCAGAAGAAAGAGUUUGUGAAACACUCAAAAAGCUUCAGCGACACUCUGAAAACAUAUUUCAAAGAUGGAAAGGCUAUAAAUGUGUUUGCCAGUGCCAACAGGCUUAUUCACCAAACCAACUUGAUACUGCAGACCUUCAAAACUGUCGCAUAGGAGUCAAGACGUGUAUUUUUUUAUUUUAAUUUUUUAAAUAACAUUUAUAUGAACAAUGUAAAAAAACAAACUUUGGACUGUAAUUUAUGAUUCUUGUCUCAUGGAGGUAACACUUAAGGCAAGAUGGCUUCGAUAAUAAUUUCUAACCCCACAUCUAACGUUCUUUAUAAGCUGGAGUGACUGCCCAUUGUUCCUCAUAUGCUGAGCUUUACAGUCAUGCUAUCGCUGUGGAGACGAUCUCGCUUGCUUUCUCCCUCUGUCUCACUUCCGAUGUGUUUUUUUUUUUUUUGUCUGAUCAGUCCAAGAGGAAGCCAAAUGCCUGGGGGCUUUAAAUGGGUGGGACAAGGGGCAUUCCAGAAGCGCUUGUAAAUGCUGGGGUUUGUCUGUCUACCCUGAUGCUGAAUUUGAAUGAGAGAUGUAUAUUUAGACAAUAUUUGGUAAUGGAAUUGUUCAAAUAAACAUUGCACAUGUUG